AUGGACAACAUCACCUUCCACAAGCCGCACCCACUCCCACACGAGACCGUCGACUGCUGGCUCGUAGCCGUCAAACCCUGCAAAUACGACUCGAGAUUCUUCGCAUACGCCCUCGACUUCGACGACUCCCAUACCAAAUGGCGCGCCGAGUGCUACGUCCCCAGCAGCGAAGUGGGCAAAGAGACGCAGAAAGAGCUGCAGCGCGGGCGCGAGGUCAGAAUGGAGGCGGAUGAACAGAGCUGGGGCAGGUGUACAUUCAAGGAUCUGGUCGGCGAGGACGAGAGGCGGCAAGAGACUGUUCGGAGUCUCACAGUGAGGUUCAAUAAGGCCAACUAUUCUGGGCAUGUCUACGUGCCACCGUGGGCGCCUGUCGCGAAGGACUACCAUCGCCUGAUCAGCGGCGAAGUCAAAAAGUCGAUCGAGCCGAAACCGCAGACAACUCCACCUCGCCGUACUGUCGAGUUUCUCGGACCUAUUCGAGCAAACAGCCAAGUGCGCACGGAGGUGUGGAGCCAGGACGGAGAGUCUGUCUAUCGAGGAGGUGCUAAGGUGCUGAAGUUCGAAGUGGAAGGCGGUAGGAGGCUCUUGACAAUCAAGGCGCCGGUGGAUGUGGGACAAUACGCUAUUCUCGUAGGAGACGUCGGCGACACGAACUGGGCAAGAUGCGGACGAUUCCAGGAGGUGGAAGAUCCCGAGCAGGAGGCCUCUGAUGUGUUCAAGUUGCCGCCAUGGGUGGAAGAGGAAUGA